GAAGAGAGCCCGCCCCGGGCGCAGCCUGCGCUCCUCCCGCUAGCGGUCUCCUCCGGCGAGCGCGACUCCGGCCCCGAGGCGCCCUGUCCCCUCCCCGCCAUGGGGCUCCUGGCGCUCCUUGUGCUCCUGCCGCCGGUGCUGGCCGCGCUGGGCGGCCUCGCGGGCUCCGGGACCGACCAAGUGAGGUGCAAUAAGACGAGGCAAGCUGCCUGUGGGGAAAGGUGCAUUCCCGUGGCCUGGCUCUGCAACGGAGAGCGAGAGUGCCCCGACGGAACUGAUGAGCAGUGUGAGGAAGUAUGCGGUGGACAUCCUCAGGCCUGGCAGUGUGAUGACGGGAAAUGUAUUUCUAUUAGCUGGCUCUGUGACGGUACCGGAGACUGCUUGGAUGGCUCCGAUGAGGUUAACUGUGAGAUACCAACAGCAUGUCCUGGCCGAAAAAUCCAGUGUCCGGGAAAUUCUCGGUGCCGUGAUGCUUGGGAGCUCUGUGACGUGCAUAAGGACUGCGGCGACGGGCUUGACGAAGCACUGUGCUCCCCGAUCCGUUGCCUGGCCGGGCAGUGGCAGUGCAGGAACAAGGUGUGUGUCAUGGAUAGCUGGAAGUGCAAUGGCGUCAAUGACUGCGGUGACUCCUCCGAUGAGGAAGCCUGUGCUUCCUGUCCAGAAGGCACUGUGAGGUGUGACGAAGGGAAAUGCAUCCUGGAAUCCCUGAUGUGUGACGGGGAAGCAGACUGUGCAGAUGGUACCGAUGAGCCCGCCACAUGCGGUAAAAACUGCUCUCUGGCCAACGGGGGCUGUGAGGGGCAGUGCAGGGACACAUACUGGGGAGUCCAGUGUUCGUGUGGAGCCGGGUGGCAAUUACAGCCGGACGCUCAGAGCUGUGCAGAUCUAGAUGAGUGCUCCAAGGCCUACAGUCCUUGUGGCCAGCUGUGUCACAACACACCAGGCUCUUACUUCUGUGAAUGUAUUCAAGGUCACCAGCUCUACAAUGGUACCAGUUGCCGAGUUACAGAUGAUGCUGUUAAAAUUCUUAUAGCAGCAGAUCGAGAACUUGGUGUCCUGGAUCAAAGAACAGGCAUCUACGAACCUCUUAUACCUAUAAAAUCGAGGCCUACUUCCGUUGCAUAUGAUCUUGAGAGAAGCAUGUACUUUUGGGUGGAUGGAAUCUUAAAUGUGUUUGUCCUUGGGAAGCCAAACUCAGUUCUUCUCUAUCCAGAACUUAAAACGGUGAACAGUGUCUCUUUGGACUGGUUCACGGGACAGUUGUAUUGGGCGAGCAGCUUCGCAAGAGUUAUCUGUGCUGGUUUAAGUGAUGGCAGAGGCUACGUCAAAAUCUUGGAAAAGGAUCUGGUGCCAGAGCAGCUCAUUGUGUUUCCCACAAAGAAGUCCUUGUAUUGGGUAAAUCGUGGUGAGAAAGGCAUGAGAACUAUUGAGACUGCAGGGAUGGAUGGCUCGGAUAGGAAGGUGCUCGCAGCUGUAAACAUGGAGGAGCCUGUAGGACUGACACUCGACCACGUGACCGGCAGGCUCUACUGGAUCAGUGACUAUAAAGAGUCCAUAGAGACGGUAAACGUGGAUGGCAGUGGGAGGCACACUUUUCCUGAGAUCUUCUUGGAAGGUGACAAUCCAAUAGGACUAGCUGUAUUUGAGAACUCUUUCUUCUGGGCAAAUAAAAUACGGCUGUUUCGCACUUCACCCCACACCCCAAAGGAGAGAGUGGUGCUGCUGAAUGCUUCCAUAUCUGCUUUCUCUGUCCUGCACAAAUCCCAGCAGCCCAAGGGCAGAUACCCAGAAUGUGCUCCAGGCUCUUGUAGCCACUUAUGUCUCCUGUCCCCCAUCCAUCCCAAGGGCUAUAAGUGUGUUUGUCCAGAGGGAAUGUUUCUUUUACCUUCUGGUACAUGUAGUGAGUUAAAGGUGGUGUUUUCUUCUGGCAAACGUCUCUACUUGUUGAAAGUUGGUUUUAUGGGAACUGCUAUAGAGCGAACCCUGGUUCAAGAGCAUCCUAGGAACAUCUAUUUACUGGAUAUUGACUGGAAAAGAAACCUCAUCUACUGGACAAAUGCCCAGGGACGUCUGUUCUUCUCAACUGGCUAUUCGGGAGAAAAGCGAGAGAUUUGGACAGAGCGUACAGUCUGCUCAGCAAAUGUGGACGUAUCCACUGGGGACUUGUACUGGCUGCCCUGUGACAGAAGUGCUAUUCAGAAGACCAACAUUACUGGCCCAGACACACAUACCCUUUACAGGACAGGCAGCAUUAUACUGCAUCUUCUUCUCAACUGGCCAAAGAGGGUGAUCUACUGGGUAGAGAGUGGGAAACAUUUGCAAAGUAUGACCCUUGAUGGCAAAAGCAGACAGGAAGUCUGGAUGGGCACCUGGACGGCUGACACCCAUAUGGCCUUAGACCUUGGCUCGUCUAGCAUCCUCUGGACUACCAAAGGGUCAGGGUUGCAAAGUCUGAGCCUCCUAAAAAAUAGAACAUACGCUUUGAACAAGGCCUGGAGUGACGGCAUUAUAGCGGCCCACGAGCCCUACCUGGUGACCGUGCACAGAGGAGCUCUCCUGCUGUGGAACAGGAGGAUGCCAGAGCCCUUCUCCGUGUCAAAAGAGCCAGACGUAAGGAAAAUGAUCAUCCUGGCAGAGAAUCAGCAGGUUUCAGAUCCUGAGUUGGAAGGGGCAGCCACAAACGGCCCCCCCGCCCUUCUUCCGGCGCCCCCUCUGCUUUGCCCCCAAUCCUCUGUCCCCUGUCAGAACGGGGAGGAAUGCGUCUCUCAGGAGUACCUCUGCGAUGGCAAACGGGACUGUCAGGAUGGCUCGGAUGAAGGGAACUGUUCCCACUUCUGCAACAGACCAGGAGUCUUCCAGUGUCUGAACAGAAACCAGUGCAUUGAGGGCAAGUACCACUGCGACGGGGCUCAGCAGUGCUCUGAUGGGUCCGAUGAGCUGGACUGCUGGGAGCCCACUGAAGAUUGUUCUUUGCGUUGUGACAACAAGACCCGCUGUAUCCCUAAGAGCUGGCUGUGUGAUGGCAACCCAGACUGUUCUGACAGGAAAGACGAACAAGGAUGUAUUCAUGCAAAAUGCAGCACACCUGAAUUUCGAUGCAAGAGCGGCCAGUGCAUAUCUAAUUUUCUGCGCUGUGAUGGCAAUCAAGACUGCCUGGACCACUCCGAUGAAGAGGGCUGUCCUGUUGAUUUGCCUCCGCGGUGCCCGUCAGGGGAGGUGAGGUGCCGGAGGAGUGGAGAGUGUGUGUCAGCAGAGUGGCUAUGUGACCGUGACGUAGACUGUGAAGAUGGAACCGACGAGAAGGACUGUGACCCCAAGGAGCUUCGCUGUGGCUCCAGGCAGUGGUCCUGUGCCAGCGGGGAGCGGUGCGUGCCUGACGCGUGGCGCUGUGACGGGCAGAGAGACUGCGGGGACGGCAGUGACGAGGCCGGGUGCCCCCCCGAGAAGUGCCAGAGUUCUGAGUUCCAGUGCGGCUCCCGUGCCUGCCUCGACCUCCGCCUGGUGUGUGAUGGGAAGGAGCACUGUCCCGAUGGCUCCGACGAAGGUGGACAGUGUGCGUGGCCAGCAUGCAGCCGAGCACGGUGUUCCCACGCCUGCUACCAGUCCCCGCAUGGGCCUGUGUGUGCUUGUGAGCGAGGCUUUGAGCUGGAGAGCAGUGGCCAAGUCUGCAAGGACGUGGAUGAGUGCCAGAAGCCAGGUGGUCAGCCUUGCAGUCAGACCUGUGUCAACACCGAGGGCUCCUAUGGCUGCACCUGUCACCCUGGCUACUCCCUGGAGCCUGAUGGCCAUACCUGUAAAGCAGCAGGUACCGAACCAAUCCUGCUUGUGGCAAUUCAGUUCAGCCUACUCCUCUAUGGCUUGAGGAGCUUGAAGGAAGAUAUUCUGGCAACAGUAGACAAGAACACGAUGAUUUUCUCUAUUGACUAUGACUUAGUGGGGCAGAAGGUCUUCUGGACAGAUGUCGGUACGGAAAGUAUUAAGUGGAUAAGUAUGGACACCAAGAAGAAAGGGACCAUGGUGAAAGGGAUAAGGUCAGACUGUAUAGUGGUCGACUGGAUCGGAAGGAAUCUGUACUGGGUGGAUGGGACAGCUGGCCAGAUUUUGGCAAUUCGGCUGACUGCCGUCUGGAGAGGAAAAUCUGAGCACACGAUUGUCCUGGAUGAUGACGUGACUCAACCACAGUCUUUGGCUUUAGAUCCCCUAAACGGGUUAAUGUACUGGUCUGAAAUUGGAGGAGAACCUCAAAUAGAACAAGCCGGGAUGGAUGGUAGCAGCAGAAAAGUACUCAUCGAUCAAGGUCUUGGCUCGCCAACCAGCAUAGCGCUUGACCAGUUUAGCUGGAAGAUAUUCUGGUCUGAUGACAAAUUUCACUGUAUUGGCUCUGCUAAUCUAGAUGGCACUGGUAUUACUAUGCUGCAGCUAACUCGAAUCAAGAGCCCCUUUUCGGUCGCUGUGUUUGAAGAUGAAGUCUUCUGGUCUGAGAUGAAGACGAGAACUGUACAACGCAUGAAGAAGACAACAGGCAAGGACAGGGCUGUCCUCAUCAAGCGUUCUGAACAGCCGUACGGACUCAAGAUCAUGCAUGAAGUGCUCCAGCCCAAGUCUACCAAUCCUUGUCUGGACGCUGGAUGUUCUCACUUGUGCCUUCUGAGCCCACGCCCCAAGGGAAGCUGUCGUUGCCCAGUUGGACUCCUGCUCGCAGACGAUGGCACCACCUGCGUUCCACUCGAGGAGUCUGCAUUUAUGUUCCUUGUGUUGCCCACAGUUAUCAUGCAGAUUUAUCUGAAAAAUCUAGAAGCGUUACUAGGACAGCCAACUUUACCAGAACAUAGGAUACUUCCCUUUGCCACUGUGAACCAGCUUGCAUCCUUGGACUACCUAGUCCAAGAAAAGGCUCUCUACCUUUCAGAGUUGGAUAAUGGUGAUAUCAGCCUACUGAGGCUCAAAGAAUCUGGAAAACUCUCUUGGAGGAAAAUCCUAUCCGUGGAGGGGACUGUGAUCGACUUUGCUGUGGACUGGUUGAGUGGAAACAUAUAUUGGAUUGACAGUGAGAAUCCCCACAUCAAUGUAGCUUCCUCAGAAGGUCAGUGUCCCACUGUUCUGUUCAGUGAAAACCUCUACCAUCCUGCCUCUGUUGUGCUCCACCCACCCUCUGCAGUCAUGUGCUUUGUGGACCUGGGUUCCCAGGAGGAUGGUGGGCGUGGGUCCAGCAUUGAAUGUGCCUCCAUGGACGGCAGCAGGAGGAAGGUGCUGUGGCAGAAAUCCCAGGUCCCUGCAGGCCUGACCUUUUCGGAUUCGGGGACCCGAGUGUACUGGGCUGACACUGGGAGAGGACUCAUAGAAAGUAUUCAACAAGAUGGCUCUAGAUACAGAGUAGACCGCAGAGGAAUUGAGGGCCUUAACCUCUUUACAUAUGGCCAAGGCAUGAUGUUCUGGACAACAGUUGAUGAUGCCCAAAUCACUAAAGUUUGGUACAGCAAGGCAGAACUUUCUGAAAACCGGUGGUUCCAAACAGACCAGAAGAUUGUGGAUUUAAAAGUUUCCAGCAAACUUAGUCAAAAGGGUAGUAACAGCUGCUCAAAGGACAAUGGAGGGUGCAGCCAUAUCUGUUUGCCAAACCCUGAAGGACCGACUUGUAAAUGUCCCAGUGGGUACUACUUGGCUAACAUAAGCAGAUGUAUUAAAGCUGUCCAGUGCUCUGAGCCAUCACAAUCCUGUCAGGAUGGUCAGAAGUGCAUUUCCAUGAAGCAAGUUUGUGAUGGUCAUGCUGACUGUCUGGAUGGAUCUGAUGAAAUGGGCUGUACCUAUCCAGAUAAAACCCAUUCAGCACCAACAUCGAAAAAUGCAGAGGCCGGUAAAAGGUGGACCCUAAAAGCUGAGCUACCUCUCCAAGCUACUGAGUCUCCCAAGGCUAGAUACCUGGGGCCAGAAGGGAUGAAUUAUCCUCUCAGAAAAACACCCAUCCCUCCAAUUUCUGCUAGAGAAAGCAAGACCUCAGAGACCAAGGGAAAAGGCGAGCCUGUUCAUCUCAAGGACUCACAGAGGGCAAAACAUCUGCCGUGUAGCACCGACUACUGUAAUGGGCGGGGAGUCUGUACGGUGGUAGGAGAGCUGAGAAAGUGCAGCUGUCUGAUGGAAUAUGGUGGAGAGUUCUGUGAAGAGCCAGCACAUGGACCCGCCCCUGGCCACAUCGCCCUCGGCGUAACCAUUGCCUUAUCAGUUGUCCUGGUAGCUCUGGGAGCAUUUGUCUAUUUCAGAAGAGAACACAAAUUAAAAAGAAAUAGUACAGCAGCAUCAAGAAAUAUGACCCACCAUAAUGAAAAUGGCCAAGAAGAGGAAAAUCUAAUGAAUAGUGAGACUUUUGUCAAUGAAGCCUAUGACGAGCAGGAACUGUUAACUUUACAAACUGACUAACCUGAUGAAUACAGGAGCUGGAACAUCUCAAUAAAAAUGGUUUAUACAUUGUAUUGUGUGCUGUUUUAACAUCUGCAACUUACUGUAACUGCAUGUGCUAAAAUGGUAAUUUAUUAAAAUAACUGCUCUUUAAAAUUG